GUAAAUUCGACGGUUUCGCUUCCAGUCGAAGUGAGCCCACGAAAUGGCGAGCGUCAAAACAAAAUUCCGCACGUUGUGUGUGCUGGUGUUGGUGUUUCUGUGCAGCGUUGAAGCUGAUGAGCAGUAUGAGAUUCCUCAGCCGAAAUUUCAACUUCUUAAACCGAAAGGUUUUCAAGUAUCGAUACCGGAUGAACCCGGGAUGAAACUGUUUGCGUUUCAUGGCAAUCUUAAUAAAAAGAUGGAGAAAAUGGGCAAUGGACAGUUUGCUAUGGAUAUCAUUGAGAAGAUGAAUGGGAGAUGGAUUUAUCAGAAUCGCAAGUUGAAACUACGAGCUGGCGAUGUGAUUUACUUCUGGGUGUUUGUCAUUAAGAAUGUUUCGGGUUACACGCGUGAGGAUGGGAUCUACCAAGUAACCGAAAGUGACGUAAACAGAAUAUCGAAAAAGAUACACAAACUAAAGAAGAGAUCCGCACGUAGGUUUAGCGAUUCAUUUGAUUUUGGUCCUCAUUAUUAUGGUUCUGAUGCAGAUCGGUACCAAUAUGGCGGCCGACGCCAUUUUGGACGUGGAUAUCAUUAUACUCUUCAUACACCUGAAUAUCACUCGCUUUAUCCAAACUUCGGAUCAAGUGAAUACCACAAUCAUGAUCAUAGAUUCUAUGGACAUGGACAUCACGGAAGCUUUCAUGACCAUCCGCAUCACAGUUGGGGCCAUCAUCAUGACAGCAAUUGUGAUUGGUCUGAUUCGUCCGAUGAAAGCACCUCUAACCACGAAGAGACUAACACUGCAUUAGUGACGGAAGUUGUUUCAUCAUCUGGUGAAACCACAUCGACACCAAUUAAAACAACUGAAUUGAUUUCACCUGAACCCGAAGCAGAAUUAAUUGUGACUACGACAAGCGAACCACAAAUCGAUUUGCGAUUUGGCGCAAAAACUAAAAACUAAUUAAUAGUUAAAUAGAUAGAUUAUAAGUUCAUAUUUUAUCUCCCUGUUGAGAAGCUAUUAUAUUAUUGAAGUAAACUUUUUCAAGCGGU